AUGGUACGCGAGACUCGACAUCUGUGGGUUGGAAAUUUGCCCGAAACUGUACGAGAGGAUAAGCUAAGGGAACAUUUUAAAAGAUCGACGAUCAACCAUCCACGAUUAUCGUCUGGAGGUGGAAGCAGCAGUUGGUACAACGGCGGAUCCAAUAUUAACGAUAAGAGCCCAAAUUCGAUCUCGCAGGCCUCCCAUCAACAUCCAUCUGGUUCGGUAGCAUCGUCACAGCAGCCGGACAUUAGAAUAGGAGCCAGUCAUAACAACAGUACUGGCAGUGUAAACAACAUAAAUAAUAACAACAACAACAACAACAACAGCUAUGAUGGAUAUGCUGUGAAGCAGCAGAAAUCGCAACAAUCACUCCCGAAGUCUCAUCGAUCCGGUUCUGAGUCGGAAUCGCUAAACGAUCUCCAUCUUCACCAGUAUCCCCAUCAGCACCACUCCAAUAACCACAACAGCCACAACCACCCGCACAGCCAACAACAGCAACAUCACCAUCAUCACUUGCUGUCGCGGAAUUCGUCUCCGGUGUUGUCCAAUCCAACAUUGCACGGCCAUUACCAGCCGCCUCAUCAUCACCAUCUACUGAGUAGUAGUAGUGGUGGUAGCGGUGUAACGUGUGGUGCAGGUGGAGAGCGAAACGAACGGGCACAUUUUCACCACCAGCAUCAUCACCAAAACCAGCAUUACCUGCAUCAUCGGUCGGCGUCACGAUCCCGAUCACGUUCACCCAGCAGCAGAUCGUCUUCUUGCUCCUCCUCGACGCACAGCAGUGGCGGCGGGGCACCGAACCAAUCUGGAGAAGCUGGCACGACGACGAACCUCUCGGGACGUAGCAGUGGCAGCGGCAGCGGUAGUAGUGGUGGUACCGGAGCAGCAUCAUCGGUUGGACUGCUGCCCUCGCUGCCGACGCCCUAUGGCCGCGGCGAUGCUGCUGCAAACUGCUCCUCACCUUCAACAACUGCAGCAGUAAGUGUUGGACGGACUCUGCUGCAAUCCGCUAUUUCCACGGCCGCUGCAGUAGCAGCAGCAACAGCAGCAGCAGCAGCAGCCGCCGCAACAGCGCCUGCAGCGAUAGCAUCGCACGCGACGCACAUAGACAGUAGCAGCAGCCACAGCGGCUGUGGCAACGGCUCGGACGGCGGUAACGCUAAUAAUGCAGCUAACGGCUCAGGCAAUCAAGGCAGAAGCAGUAGCAGCAGCAGCAGCAGCAGCAGUUCCAGUAGCACCAGUUCCAGACACAGUUUUAGCGGUGCAUCUGUUGGUGGUGGUGGAGGCGGGGGAGCAGCAAGCACUAGCGUCACAACGACGUCGUCGACCGCUGGUGGAGCAGCAGCAGCAGCAACAACAACUGCCGCAGCUCCAUUCACUAUCGGCGGUGGAGGCGGAGGAGGCGGAAGUGCCGGAGUACCAGGAACAGGUGCCCAGGUGCUCUGUAACGGGAGCGCUGGCAGUAGUGGGACGAGUUUGAUCAAUUGCCAUUCGGAAGAUAACCGUCCGCUGGCAAUUUGUGUCCGAAAUUUGCCUGCCCGUUCGUCCGACACCUCCCUUAAGGAUGGCUUGUUUCAUGAGUACAAGAAGCACGGGAAAGUGACGUGGGUGAAGGUGGUCGGACAAAGCACCGACCGCUACGCGCUUGUCUGCUUUAAAAAGCCAGAAGAUGUUGACAAAGCACUGGAAGUGUCCCACGAUAAGCUGUUCUUCGGAUGCAAGAUAGAGGUGGCACCGUACGCGGGCUACUACGACGUGGACGACAACGAAUUCCGGCCGUACGAGGCGGAGUUAGACGAGUAUCAUCCGAAGUCAACGCGGACACUGUUCGUCGGCAAUCUCGAGAAGGACAUUACCGGGAGUGAGUUGCGAAAACAUUUCGAGUGUUUCGGUGAAAUCAUAGAGAUAGACAUCAAGAAGCAGGGUGUGAGCGCUUACGCGUUCUGUCAAUAUUCGGACAUAGUGAGUGUAGUGAAAGCGAUACGGAAGAUGGACGGUGAGCAUCUUGGCAACAAUCGCAUUAAGCUCGGGUUCGGCAAAUCUAUGCCAACAAACUGUGUGUGGCUGGAUGGGGUCUCGGACAGUGCAAGCGAGAACUAUCUGGCGGCGCAGUUUAAUCACUUCGGCACGGUGUCGCAGGUGAGCGUCGAUCGGGAGCGCAAACUGGCCCUUAUAUAUUACGAGCAAGUGCAGCAAGCUCAGGCGGCAGUGAAAGAGAUGCGCGGUGUGAUGUUGCGCGGUCGCAAGCUGCAGGUGGACUUUGCAUCUCGGGAGUGUCAGGAGGCGUUCUUCGAUAAGUUAGAUAAGCAGCAGUCCGGGAGCAGUAUAUCUGCGUCGUUCGGAUCGCCCCGUUUCGGUGGCGUUACAGGAAUCGCUGGAGGCGCUAGUAAUAAUAAUAGUGUUAGUGGAAAUGUUAGUAAUAGUAAUAGUACUGGUGGCAUUAACAGUGCGAGUGUCAACAGUAGUAACAGUGGGAGUAAUAGCAACAACAAUAACUCGACCCGCAACCGUUCUGCUUCGUCGUUCAGUCGACCAGGUAACCCGCUCAGUGGUAGAGGAGGCGACACUGCUGGGUCUGUUGUGAAUGCUGGCGUCGUCAGUGGAGGCGCCUCGCCCCGCGUUGACCCGCUAUCACUAGCGUCGUCAUCUUCAUCAUCGGUUGCCGCCGCAUCGUCUGCAGCGGCCGGCGGUGGCGUCGGUGGUGUUAGUUCACGGGGCGGUAACAGUGGGUCUAUAGGAGGUGGUGUUGGUGCUUCCUCAUCAUCAUCGCGAUCGAGAGCUGUGCGAUACUCGAGUGAAGACUACUAUUCGGAAGGUGGUGGUGGUGAUCGGAGGUUUCGUAGCUAUGACGAGUACAGCCAAGGAUCAGCCACCAGCUCGACGCACGAGGAUGAACGGUACGAUCACCACGAGCACAAUAAUGGCAGCAGUAGCAAUAAUGCUGGUGCCGGUAGUGUUCUUGUUGGUGGAUCCACCAGUGGAGGCUACAGUCGAAGUAGCAGCCUCGUAGACCGAUUGUCCGGUGCUCACCAUCACCACCACCAUCAUAAUUCAUCGUCGUCCGAUUCUCCGCCAUCUUCGUCCACACUGUUGCCCGGUGGUGCGACAAGUGGAGGAGGAAGUAGUUGCUUGUCGUCCUCGAUACAAUCCCGCCUAGGUGGCGAUGUUGAUCUAUCACCAUCGUCGACCGGUAGUAGUAUACGGAAACGCAGCGAGAAAAGCACAGGUGGCGAUAGUAGUAAUAUGCGUUAUCUGCAGAAGGAGCGUGUACAUAUAUUAGAACAGCUAGAAGAAUGCCCGUCCAGUGGCGAUGAAUUGGUGAGCCCCAAGAAGCGUAUCAAAUACAAUUCUGACGGACAUCAUCAUCACCACCAUCACCAUCAUCAUCAUCACGGUAGUGACUCAGAUCGAGAUCGCGAACAUCGCGAUCACCGUGAUCUUCGUGAUCCGUCGCCCGGAACAUCCGUUGCGGGUGGCGUUGGAGGUGGCACAACUGCAGUCAACAGUAACAACAGCAGUGGCAGUAGUAACUUGCAUCAUUACAACAGUCACCACCACCAUCACCAUCAUCAUCAUCAUAGCAACAACAACAGUGAUAGUGGAGGAAUAGGAGGAGGCGGAGGCGGUGUUGGCGGAUCGUCCAUCAGUGGAAUUCAGUCAUCAUCCGCACUGACGCAUCGGAAAUCAAUGGAAGUGCGUCGGCUUUCCGAGUGCAAUUUGCAGACAUCGAAGCAAACGUCAUCCUCAUCGUCCUCCUCGUUGGUGGCUGCAGGAGUUGGUGGUGGUGUCGGUGCAGGAGCAGGAACAGGAGUAGGAGGAGGAGGAGGAGGAGGAGGUAGCCAUAGCAGGAGACCGUCCACCGAAAGCACAUCGUUACAUCAGCGUCACGGUAGCAGUAGUAGCAGUAGCGGUAUCAGUGCUUCCAUUUCGCAACAAUCACACCUGGACGGUGGCAGCAGCAACAAUCACUCGCUAUAUUCGCAUCAUUUGAGCAAACGGCGAAAAAUGAUUACUGAUGGUAGCGGUAGUGGAGGUAGCAGCGGUAUGCAAACAACAUCAUCCGGUACAACUGCGAAUGGUGCAGCUAGCAGUAACGCUGCUGGAAACAACAGUUCCAGUAAUGUAGGAGGUGGUGGUGCAACAGGAUCGUCAGCAGGUAGUGGAACGAGUAGUUUGACAACGUCGAACGAGCAUCACCAUUCGUCACGGGGUCGUGGUCAUCAGCUGCACUCCAUACAUUCUCAUGAGGCUAGUGGAGGAGAGAGCGCGGACGGUUCCCGUCCUGGGACCCCGCUAUGCGAUGAGCGGCCGGAGAAUCUAUUGCCUAGUGAACCUCGCCGCAUACCGACGGGACGCUCCUACAACCAAGAACCGCUCGUUCUCCCUUUACCACGGUUUGCGGUGCAGGUGUUUCAACAGAGUCGACUCAAUGCGUUACAGCAGCAACAACAAACAACUUCGUCUGCCGGAGCCUCGACCAGCGGGGGGAUGUCGACUUCGUCGUCUUCAUCGUCAUCCUCAUCGUCUUCAUCUUCGUCGUCGGUUGACCGACAGAUGACAACAACAGGAAACACUGUUGCCGUUACACCUGCGAUUGGAUCUUCGCCUGCCGGAGCGUUGUCUUCAAGCAGUGCGAUCCAGAUUCACCCAUCAUCAUUUGCGUCCAAUUCUAGUCUGCAGAACAAUAAUAGUGCCCUUUCCAGCCCACCGCCAAUUGGUAUAGCGUCGUCUAAACUACAAACGCCCUUGCAAAUUAACACCAUGCAUACAUCAGUGACAACAUCUGGGAGUAAUAGUUUUAAUAUGGUUGGAGGUAGCAGCUCAUUGAUGCUGGAUACGACAAACGAAAUGGUCCCAGCCAGUCCACCGCCACGUGCUUCUUCUGUCAGUUCAACCUCUAGCGAUUCGAGUGAUCUAGGUCUUUCGCUUGACGAACGGAUCAAGACGCUUGAUGAGAAGUUCGAAAAGUGGUCUGGUAGUACUCAAGCGGCUUCUGUUGGACGUUUAGCAGUAAGCAACAGUGUUGCUACUGGUAACACGAGCACUGUUGGCAGCACUGGGAACAGCAGCGGUGGAAUCGUUGGUGGCAGUAGUUCCAGUGAACAUCAUUUUCUGAACGAUCGUCACCAUUAUUCACAUUCUUCGACCAGUAAGGGAUAUUCGAAUCAUCAUUCCUCCUCCUCUCUUCAUCAUCACCAUCAUCAGCAACAACAACAAUCUUUUCACAAUCAUGUUGCGGGAAGCAGUAGUUUGUUAAACCACCACCACCAGCAUCAACAACCUGCCCAUCAAUUGCAGUCACCACUGUCUGUUGGAUCAUCGUCUACCUCUUCCUCCUCCCUAGCGACCACAGGCUCAUCGUCGUACCGGCACAAGUUUCUUGAUCUCGAUGUACACGAACUUCCCCCGUCGGACAUCGUCAAGUCCGUUCUUUCGAAGAAAUCGAUCUUUGACGAAGAUCUCAAGCGGCUAGAAAAUAUCGAUGAUAAAUACGAACCUCGUGAUUUUUCCAAUUAUUCGAAGAACAGUGCCACCUUGGCCUCGGCCGCAUCAAUCGCAACUGUAUUGGGCAACAGUAUCGCAUCUGCGAUCGGUGCUACAGCAAUAGCACAAGGAGGAGUAGCGAUUGGAACUGUUUCACCUGUAACAGUCAACAGUGUUGUGUCGUCGGCUAAUGCAUCUCCGGUGCAUCUAAGUUCAGUGAAAACUUCAGCAGCAACGGUAACAUCUCAACAACAUCUAGUAGGAUCAGUGGUUUCAACGGCAGUAACAACAACAGUUUCGGCUGCGACAACAGUUGCUUCGCAAACAACAGCAGCAGCUCCAAUCAACAUACCACGUGUUAGUGGCAGUGCUUCAGCAUCGCCAAUGAACAGUCCUCAGCCGUACAACAGUCCCAACCCGUCUGUAAAAUCCUGCCUUCAAUAUCCUUUUCCCAGUCAUCCACCAUUGGCUCAACAAGCACUAUCGCCGUCUUCUGGAUCUAAUGCUGUCAUAACGACAACCACCAGCAACAGCAGCAGUGACACUGGAAUUUCGACCGUAACAUCAUCCUCGGACGCUUCGCAGCCAAUGACGACCGAAAUGAAAGCAAUGGCACCAUAUCCAUCUACGGUGGCUAGUAAAAGUAGUAAUACUACUAGUUUACCGCUGAUCAAUAGCACAGGCUGUACUAGUAGCGGCAACAACAAUGACCCAACAACAGUUACAUCGUCCCCGUCCGUUAAUAAUAAUAGUAAAGAUAGCAGUAGUAUCACAACAAAUACUAGAAGUACAGCUCACAGUGGAAACAGCGUACCAACCGCCGCGUUGGUCAGUGGCAGCACUCCAGCUGCUGGAAUAUCGACUAUUGCUACUACUAAUAAUCACAUCACGGCUAUCACAACAGUUGCUAAUGCUGCCGCCACUGCACUAUCGUCGUCGUCAUCAUCAUCUUCGUUGUCGUCGUCAACCAGUAAACCAAAGACCAAUGUUUUAAAUAAAAGUAUUAGUUUAACGGAAAAAACAAGUACAAACGCUAGCGGUAACAACAAUAAUAAUUUAAUAAUCAAUAGUGAUAAUCUAAAUAGUAGUAGCAACAGCGGUGGUAGCAGUGCUAGCACUGGUACUGGUUCUAGUGUUAACCAUCCGUCUUCAACGACUGCGGCUGUAUCGUCGUCAGGAAUAACACCAACGACUGUAACGAGUAUAACACAAAUACAGACUCAGAAACUGUCCUCUUCUGUGUCAUCGGGAUCGUCAACCUCUUCUUCGUCAUCGUCGUCGUCGUCACCAUCAACAACAGUAGAGUCGUCUAUUACUAGUAACUAUAAUGUGGUUGUGAAGAGUAGCAGCAGCAGCAGCAAUAAUAAUGCAGCUGCAAACAGCGUACCGGGAAGUACAAAUGUUGGUACGAUUAAGCUGGGCCCGAAUAGCAAUGGUGAUGGAAACACACCAUCCCAUGAAGUACCGCCUAUGCAUUCCAAUAGUAAUAGUGGUUCGCAGAAAGAGGAGUCAUCUAGUGGAGGCAACAAAACUAGCAAUAGCAUCGGAAGCAGUGGCAGCAAGCAUCACAAGGAUCGACGAAAACUAUCCACCGCGUCGUCUACCUCAUCGACAUCUUCGUCGAGCGCAGUAUCGUCUCCGAAUCCUGCCUCUGUUGGAUCUGGAAGCGGGCUGACUGGUGCGGAUGAACCUGAUGAAGCAGCAGCACCAACUGUAUCGGCUUCGUCAAAACAUUCUAGCAAGUCGACGAAGUCUAAUUCGCACACCCACCACCAUCAUCAUGUUGCGAGUGAUCACAGUCACCGGAAUAGUGGCAGCAGUGGUAACCAUCAUAACCAUCGUCAUCACAGUGAUAGCAUUAGUAGCAAUAGCAGCAACAGCAGCAGCGCCAGCAACGCUAGUGGUUCUAACAGCGGGAAAAACCCUUACAAAGAACACGAUCGUAAUCAUGUGUCUGUUGGCAAUGAUCACUCAGUUAUUGGAGGUGGAUCUGCAGCUACGAACAGCAGUUACAGAGAUGAAUUCGAUAGACUAAAGCAGGAGGCUGCUUCUGCGGCUGCAGCACCGGGAAAUAGUGUGGAUCGUCAUGCAUCAGCCGGAUCGAUAAAGCGCCGAGAAAAAGAUCGAGAGGAGCGACCAAACAACGAUGAGGAAUCGCGGAAAGGAAAAGAAGAGAGCGGAAGUAUCCAUGUAGAACAACGCGAAAAAGACAUCGAUAGAUACGGCGGUGAAAAAGAUCGUAAAGAACAUCAUAAGCGUGCAGGAGAUGAUACCACAAAGGAACAUGAAAAAGAUCGUCGAAGCACAAAAGCAAGUAGUGGCUUAUGUAACGAUUCCGAACAAUCAAAAGAGUCGAAAAAUCCACAUCUUUAUCAUCAGGAUGAAUCCUCACACCACCAUCACCACCAUCGUGAACGGUCUUCGGAUAAGGAUCGUCGUGAUCGUGUAAAUUCGUCUGGAAGUGGAUCACCAGCAAGAAGUUCAUCGAAACGACGUCUUAGUUCGCAAGACAGCGUAGAAUCUUCAUUAGAGGAAUCAACAUCUCUUAAAAAAAUUCGUUCCAGUGCGCAAGAAGGGAGUUCCGCUGGUGCGUUGUCAUCUUCCGGUGGAACUGGUUCGAAGAGUGGUGAUAGACGAGACACUGGCAAGGAAAGUCGCAGAGAAGGGAGCAAAUAUCACCAUCACAAAGCUAGCAGUCGAGCGGAGGGUGGUUCUAGUGGCAGUAGUCACAAUCAUCGUUCGGAAAAGAUCUCAUCAAAAUCUAGUGGGGCUAGUGGCGGCGGUAAUGCUGCUGUUUCUUCGUCAGCCAUGAAUAAUGUUGGUUCUAUCGAAAAAGGUCCCUCAACCAAGCACCUGGAAAAUCACGUCACCGAAAAACAACAAGCUUACUUGUUAGAGGAGCGUCGUAAAGAGAUCAUGUUGACGAGUGAAGAUCAUCAUCAUGUUGGUGCAGCUGUAGGGGGAGCAAUCGCUGGUACUGGUGGUAGCAGUGUUGGUGGAAGUGGUGGAGUAUCCCAUCAUCACAAACGAAAGGAACGCUAUCACGAUAAACACAAGUCAAAGAAAAACCGCGAUCCAUCACGCGAUAAGGAGAACACUCUCAAUGCAAAUUUUACUGCUGAUAGCUAUGGUGAGAACCGAUCUACAAGUGACGAAGAAGAGCAGAAUAGAAUACGUUACAAAAAGGAACGAAAGGAGUUGCAGGAGUACGCGAAACAGCGCCAUCACAGUUCUAGUGGUGGAAAUACUGGAAUAGGACUGGAUGGGGUAGACUACAAGUUGGCUGUCAGUAAGCUAAACUGCAGUAGUAGCGGCGGUGGUGGUAGAGUAGAUCGCAAAUCGUCGCAACCCGUAAGCCGAGCAGAAUCUUCUGCCGAGGAAGGACGAGAAAAGAAAAAGUGUCGAUCGAAUAGUAGCCGUAAAGCGAACAGCUCCGAUACAGAUGAUUCAGAUGAACCUAAAAAGCAUUCAAUUUUCGAUAUUCCCGACGAUGGACCCAAUAUAUCCAUGUAUGACAAAGUAAAGGCUCGAUCUUGCAAGAAUAUGCAAAAACAAGAAGAGGAGAAGAAAAUUAAGGCCAAGUUUUCCCAGUUAAAGCAAUGCAGAGCUAAACGGGAGGGUAAGAAUAGAUCGAAAAGCUGGGAAGAAGGCGACGAUUCUGAUUCUGACGCCAUGCACUCAGAUACAACGAUAAAUAGCAAAUACAAUCACAAAGACCCGAACAAGAGCGGAAUGGUGACAACGACUGAUGACGAAGAUCACGCUUCAACGACGCCUCGAUCUCGACGCAACUUCAAAGGCUCAUCACUAGCUUCCGACUCAGAUGAAGGCCACCAUCAUACUCACCGGCAAAGUACGGCGAUGUUUAAUCGCGAUCGACUGAACGAUCUGUGCGAUGAUGAGAGUAGUGAAGGUGGAGGAAAUUUGAUGCUUCGCAAUGUUGGUGAUGUGCGGGAUAAAUCGAACCGAGACCACCAUCGACAGCAGAAACAGGCAUACCACGAUAAGAGCGUUCGUCGCAGUUCGGGUGAAGAUAAGAAGUCAUCGCGCAAGAAUUCCCGUUCUACGCGUAUACAAUCAGAUUCGGAAUCGGACGACGAUAUGAUGUCACGUGAGCGUUUGAAAAUGAAGACAUUGGCAGGCGUGACUCGGUUAGAGAAUAGUGUGAUUUCUGACGCUGAAUUCAAUCACAUCAACGAUAACAUUGGGCGCAUGUUUGCUGGUAACUCCGAAAUCAAUGAACAGCUCUACCGAACGGUAGAUGGUGAGCAGGAUGUUAAGAUCAAAAAGGAAGUAAAAAGCGAGGAUGAGUGUGCGGUCGAUGCAGAUAAAAAAUGUAUAACGAAAACCGUACUUUCGCUCUCAUCUUCUGCGAACAUUGGCGAUGGGUUAACACAACCUGCAUUGGUUGGAGAUGAGCGCAAACCGUCUACAUUUGCACUUGUAGCCAGUGAUAUUUCAGACGAUGAUGUCGUGAAAACGGUAGUAAAAUCGGAAUAUACACAGCAAAAUGCCAUUUCAAAUAUCCCAUCGACGCCUACAUCAGCAACUAUGGCGUCCAUCAAGCGCGAACCAGUCGACGGUCUGAUGUCGUACAAGUCGACUAAAGAACGCCAACAACAUGUGUGCGAUCAGUCUGGUUCCGAUGGUGCUGAUUUGAUCGUCCAAUUGUCAUCGAAGACAGACACGAAUCAAAGUGAAUCGAAGAAAAAACACAAGAAAAAGCAAAAACGCAGUAAAGCUCUCGACGGAAGUGGCAUAUACGAACAAACGGAGAAAGAAAUGUCCUCUACACCCAAAAUAUCCGAUACUCGCGGUGUCGAAACAGAAGCUAGUUCUGGCAAUGUUGCCUCGUUUAACUCCACAUCAUCAGCAGUUGGAGGUGAAAGCGGUAAUCUAUCCUUGAUGGGUCCCUCAACUGGUGGCAUAAGUCAGCAAACAUCAAAUGUCACGUUGGUUUCGACGCUGAUGAGCGAUGAUUCUAAGAAAUCCACAUGUGAAGAUCAUCAUUCAUCGUCCUACAGCAAGAAAAAGCAUAGCAACGGAAAGAAGGAGAAGCGUCGAGAUCGGUCUAAAGAAGAUCACGAGAAAUCAAUAUCUUCAUCUUCAAGUCGCUCAAAGAAAUCGAAAAAUCGACAUAAGGAAGUCACCAGUGGAAGCGGCACAUCGAAUAACCUCGGUGGGAAUGGUUCUGGCAGCACUAAUAGCAAAUUCCUUGAUAUGGAACUGUUUGGGCCAAUAUCGGACGAGGAGUCACAGCUCUCGUCCGUAGAAACUGAGGGAUCUCAUGGCAAGCAAGGUUCUGUGGAACCGGAUGAAUCCAAGGAAGAGGAUGUGCAGCACCACAAUUCCGAUCAUAAAGAUCGAGCUGGUUCUGCAAAUACAGAGGGAUUACCAACGUUGAUGGCUGAGCUUUCAAAUACAAUAACCGAAAAUCAACAAAAUAGUGGUACCAAGCAACAGGAGUUAACAUCUUCGUCUACACUAUUAAGCGUCGCGUCAUCCGAUGCUGUCACUGAUAAAGAAUCGCGUAAACGCAGCAAGGAAAAGAAACGGCGUGAUCGUGAGAAAUUACGCGCUUCGAUGGUGAUACUGAAAGACGAAGAAAAUAGUGUUGAUUUGGAUGAAGCAGGUAGAGCGCUGGAAGCGCAACUAAUGAGUGAUACCGAUCAGAAGGUGGAAGAUGUGUCCCCAGCAUCUACUAUUGCUAGUGCCUCCCUUAGUGGAAAACGAUCUUCGGUGGAUGUGUUGGACGUAUUUCGCUAUACGGAUGGAGACGACAGUAUGGAGAUGUCGUACGGGGAAAAGAAGGAUCUGCCAGCAGCAUCAUCGGCAGAACACAAUCGCAAAGAUAAGAAAAAGAAAAAGAAACGUGGAAAAGAAGAGAAGCACAAACAUCAUCAUAAUAGUGGAAGCUCGCUGGGCAGUAGUAUCAAUACGGCUACCAGCAACGCAAUCGGUAACAAUAUGGAAUCCAGUGGUUCUAUUCUUGGGCCGUUGACUGAUGGAAGUACUGGUAUUCCUCAUGUGAGCUUCGGAAGCAAAAAUAAUGGUAAUAGUGGUAAUCAGGUCAAUAGCCACACAAAAUCACAACCUCCUACUACGACUCCUGUAACACCGUCGAUCAAUAAGCUAUCUCUCGAUAUCAUCUCCGCCCAGCAAGAGGAUUUCAAACACAAUCUCAGUAAACCGUCACCAAGUUUGCCAUGUCUGCUUGAUGAAAGUCCGCCACCUUCCAAUAAGCAGCAGUUGACAGCGCAAAUGAAUGCGCGUGAAUCGACCGGAGCAGGAAGUGCUGAUGAACGAAUAACAUCUUGUUCUCCAUUGCCGGUUCUUACUGAAGCUAAGCGGGAGAUAACUGGUACUACACCUACAUACGAAAUGGAAAAGAAAUCAGUUGUCCAAAAAUCACAAAAUACCCAUGAUCUUAACGAUAAAUCUGCGGUAGGCAGCUUGAAGCUAAAACUGGAGCAAACGGAAAUCACGCAACCGGUACCGCCUUUCGGUUACGAUCUUGAUGAAAAACUGGACGAGAAAGCAGUGAUGUCGAUAUCGGUUGAAUUCACAGAAAAGUUCAGCAAAUCUGAAAAAGGAACACUAAUCGAUGGUAAGGAAGCUAAACAGAACUUGCACGAGAAGCAGAAACUGGAUGAUUCGAAGUUGCAACUCAUUGAAGAAAAAUCGCGCGUAGUGAUCUCACAAGAGGAAACCGAGGAUGCCGUAGCAGCACUGCUAGGAGAAAGCUUCGGUACGUCCAACACACCCGAUUUCUCCGAUAUGUACAGCGACCCAGUUGAGGAAGAGCAGUUGUCUUCUCAGUUACAUGUCGAGGAAGAGCCACCACAGAUACCGGAGGAGGACGACGAAGAGAUGAAGAAGGCAAUCAUGAGCUUGAAUGUGGAAGAGCUGGAUAUGAAGGAGGCAGAUACACCGCAGUCGGAGCAUGAUUUGCAAAUUGACACAGACACAGAAGACGCCAACUUAGAUGACGAUCAUCAGUCCAGUUUGUUGCGCUUCGAUAAUCCACCAAAAACACCUGACGUUGAUUUGAGCCAGAUUGGCAAACCAUUGAUUGAAGGAUCACAACUGACCAAGCCCGGAGAGAGCUCAACAGUGGCAACAACAACAGUCACCGAAAGUAGCAAUUGUGCUGCGAAGAAGGACGACUCCAGUGGUAAAUUAGAGAUGCCCGAUACACCAGGCAAAAAUAUGACAACGAUCGGUGAUUCACCAUCGCAAGCUAUAUCUGAUGAGACUUUAGCACAAUCAGCCAAACUCAGUGUGCGAUCAUCAAAAGCAGCUGCGACUAUGUUGGAAACAUCGAAGGUAAACGCCAGUUCCAAGGUAACGACUGCUGUAAGUGACGUUGUGUAUUCGGUAAAUCUACAAAAUCAAAAAGUUGUUAUACCAAAGUCUGUUAAUGUAACUGGUAAGGAGCGGUUGAGCGUAUCCUCUGCUGCUAAUAUAUUGGACGGGAAAUCAAAAACUGUAACUGUUGAUCCCAGCACGGCGACGACGUCAGCAACAACGACUACGUCCGUAGCAGGCUCCUUGUCAUCGAACCAAUCUGCAAUUAAGCUCCUCACAUCCAGUCCAAUUGCCUCCCAAAGUCCAAGAUCAAUUAGUGUGGGGCAGUCAACUCAGCAGCAGCUAGCCACAGCCUUACCACCUACUGGACAACAGCAACUUUCUUCAACACCCAACAUACGUCACCAAUAUGUGGUGCAAACACCACCUACGAUCACUAUUCCUGAGCAGCAUCCCAUCAUCUAUCAACCGGUGUCAGCAACUGAUGCAACUCCGCGUGGUGUUGUUCCGUCGACAGCAUCAUUGAAUAGUGGUGGUAGUAGCGUGCAAUCGCCAAAACUGCACAUCGCUCCACAUUCUCCGUUUGCACGAACGUCUUCGCCGACUGCUAUAAGGCAAUCUGUAAAUAGCGUUAAUCGUCAGUCACCUCAACUUAGCCCCAUUAUGCAAACAGGAGGCAGCCCUCAAACGAUGAUUAUUCACCAUGGUGGACAUAUCGUAGUACAUUCACCCAAUGCUUCCCAAGCAACAGGUCCAUCAGCUGUGGGGCAAGGAGGAUUCCUUUCGCAAAAAUCAGUGACGCCAGUGACAGUGGCAGGAGCUGGGCACCAGUAUCAACAUCACCUGCCGCAUCAACAUUCGUCACCGGGAUCACGAAUCCCAUUAGCCGGAGGACAACUGAAGUCUAUGACCGGAGGGUCAACGAAAUCAAAUGAGCAACAUGCGAUCAAGUCACAGUUCAACAGUGGUGGAAGCCCAGUAGCAAUGACAAGGAUCAUAACUGCCAGCGCAGCGCCAGGAUCACCGUCAGCUGUGGGCACUGUUGGAUUAGAAUCCACCCCUACUAAAACCAACAUAAUGACAAAUGUGACAAACAUCAAUUCAACAUCGCCAAUAUCGAUGCCCGCAACGCAUACAACUGCCAAACCGAUCGAUUCGUCACCUAAAACUUCACCAACUGUAGUUGUAGCAUCGCCCUCGCUUGCAAGUACACCGAUUAAGACAACCACAAUUGUAACUCAUCAGCCUAUUACAAUAACAUCGGUAACGCAUGCUCAGCAAACCAAGGUACAGUCACAAAUGACUGUCACAGCUGCCAAAGUUACGGCACAGGGUCAAUCCACGACGACAACUGCAUCGUACCAAAAAUCUUUUGGGGAGCAAACCUCGGCCAACAUUGUUGUUGGAAAGGGAAAACAGCCGGACACCAAAACGAGUACGAUAUUCGGAGCUGCUAAUAAUACAAUCUCAACAAUAACAUCGAAUCCUAACCAUCAACCAGUUACGGCGGUAACGUCGGAACCGGUAGCCAAAUCAUUGUUCGCCGCCAAAGAAUCAAUGAAAGGAUCAGUUAACGAUGGAACUGCGCUGGAAAUCAAAUCGGAAUCUGCAAAGGAUAGCAAGUUGGAUGAAAAGAAAUCCACCGAAACCAGCCCAAAACAGACGCCAGUUGUGGAUGUUUCUAAACCACUGUCGUCGACGCUGGGUACUGUUAACGUAGAUGAUCAGGAAACAGAUUCGAAGGAGGACAGUGAUUGCUGGUCUGAAAAGGAGAUCAACAUAGACUCUGUUAUCAAGAAAGUUGAUGCAUUGUGCUCGGAAGAUGAUUCAUCUUCUUCCCAAUCCAUUGCGGCGGUUGCUGCAGUAGCCAACAUCAGUGCUAUCGAUAAAGCAGCUUCCACGAUAGAAAUGGUGGCCAAAGGAGGUGGUGAAGAAAUAAUAAGCAAACCCCCGUUGAUAAAGGAAGAAUUGAAUGUGGAUUCUGUUAGCAAAUUCAGCAAAUCAUCGACUUGCGGUGAUGGCCCAGCUGCAGGAGAAUUCAAUAAAAUGCCUGAUGCUGUCUCUACGUCAUCUCUUCCAGUUGAAGAUGUGUCAAAUCAACGUGGUACCUCUUCUGUCCCGCCAGUCAUGGAUGAAGAGGAAGGUGACGAUGUGACCGGUGAAAUAACCGAGAAGGAAAACGUCGCACGUGGUGGUAAACGUGGAGGGCGGCGUGGCGGUCGUAAAACUUCGGAAAGCAGUCAUUCAAUUGCGACUGGUGGAGAUAAAGCUACGGGAGUUGAACAAACUGUGCUUGAAACUGGUAUUCAAACACGAACCAGAGGCGGCAAAGCUUCGGGCGGUAAGCGUGGUCGUGGUGGCCGUGGUGGAGGUGCACGUGGAGGUGGAACAGCUGGUAUGGUAAGUGCACCACAAUCAGUAUCCACUCCAUUAACGGUAGCAGGAGCACAGACGCCAGGAACGGCUAGAUCGGUUGGUGGAGCAAAACUUGGGAUGCAAGUAGCCGGUUCUUCGGAUGUCUACGAAUUCCAUGAUGACUCUGGAGAAGAUGUGUCAAACUCUGAAAAGAGUUUACCUGGCACGGGAGCUGAUGGUGCGCGUCCAAGGUUGAUUUUGACCAUCAAAAAUCAAGCUGCGGUAACGACGGCAACUAGUGCUGCUGUUACUAGCAGUACUCCAACAACAGUAAUAGCUACAACCACCGCCAUAACUACUAGCUCUAGUAGUGCUGCUGUAGUGCCGUCAGUGGCUACGAUAGUCAAUGCCAGUGUGGCUUCUAGUUCGGAAACACCUGCUUCCACCGUCACAUCCCCAGUAGCACAACAACAGGCGAUUAUGGCUACAAACGUGCCCUUGAUGGCUCAAAUGCAUCAACAACAGCAACAUCAACCAACUCCACACACGCCAUCAUCCCAAGUUCCAGAUGAAGCUCAUGGGUUGUCGAACACGAUGGAUGUCGGAAAAGAUGAGCAGGCUAUGGCUACUAACGCGGUUGGAAUGUUAUCUGCUGCUGCAGUGGCCGCCGCAGCGAACACAAGAAAAUCCCGACGGCUUUUGGAGAAGGAUGGACGCAGCACUAUCGACGACAUCAUCGAAGAUGUGAUACGCAAUGGACCUUCGCCGAAGGUUACUGGUGGAAGCGGACUGCCACCACAAUUGCAACAUCAAUCAGGUGUUGUUUUGCCAUCGAGUGGACAACAAUCACAGAACAUGCCUCCUGUAGGUCAACAACAUCAACAGCCAUCGACGAUUACAACUACCAACCAAGCUCCGGUAGGCUUGAUGCAGCAACAGCCGCAGGUAGUUUUGCAACACAUUGUUGGUGGAGCUGUAGGAGCUAUUUCAGAUCAGCAACAACAGCAAGGCGUUCACACGACUCGUCGUACCACUCGACAGAACACAACAGCUCUUACCGCAACUACUGGGACAGCAGAUAUGCGUAAAUCCCCACGAAGUACUCGUAAGGGUAAAGACCGUAAAAUUUCCGAAACUUCAACUGAUAGCAGUGAUGAAAAGCCGCCAGUUUCAUCAUCUGUACCCGGAAAUACAAUUGGCCUGAAACCGCAGGUCGAACAAAAGGCUUUGGACGAUAAACAGGUCGCUGGCACAUUGUCAGCAACAACGCCAGUGACACCAAGUAUGCAAGCAUCUCGCCCUAACGAGACAGCAUCUGUGGCGGAUAAAUCCAAGUCGGAAAAAUCGAAAUCGACAGACGAAGCGAAGGCGCCUACCGAGAUAGGUAACGUUUCGCAACCGAAUUCACUCACUUUGAUCGAUCCGGUAACGGGAGAAAUGGCAGUUGUGCGUCACAGCAAAGAAGGCCAGUACGUUCCAAUGCCAAAUGCUCCACAACCGUUGAAAAAGGUGAUUGCGGCGGCUGCAGUGCAAAGUGCGGUCGCAGCCGCAGAACAGCUGAAAUCGGUUGGAACCGUAUCAAAUGUUGGUUCUCCUUCGUCGCCCGUACAGCUGAGUAAUAGCGGAUCACCGAAUGGUUCGAACCGUAUUGCCCCGACGCCUAGUUCCGUUUCAUCACCGACCUCUACGGCAGGAAUGUUGUUUACGACCAAUAAGGCGACUACUGCGGUGUCAUCACAUCCACCGCAUCAACAGCUAACUAUUUCUGCUUCUAAACCACAUACACUGAAGUCACAUGUUCUUAAUUCCCAACAAGCGCUACAACAGCAACAUCAUCAACAACAAGUUGUUAUCAAACCAGGACAACAACCGCCGCCACCUGGUGUGUUGGCAACUCAACAACAGCAGAAUACCACUUUUGUCCAGUCUGGGAAGACGAUGCAUCCCACAACGACAUCGGGUCCGUUGAAACUGACAACACAACCCAUUACUACCACCGCAAUAGGUCAGCCACAACAGAUCAUAAUACAUAAUGCAGUGGCAGGUCAGCCACAGUCACAUCCAAUGGCUAAGCAAACCAUUAUUAGCGGAAAACCAUCAACAGGCACAACCCUGCAGCAGCAAAGUGCUGGAGGGAUUAGUAAUAAUAUACAACUCCACCAGCAUACAGGUACUGGCAAUCUGUUGAUCAAUAUUCCAUCCAACAUGCAUCCGGCAACCGCCGUGCAAAUGUCUCCACGCUUGCAACAACAACAGCAACAACAACAGCAGCAAAUAAUAGCCAAUGCAAAGCAACUUCAAAGCCAGCCAUCACAACAUCAGCAACAACACAAACCAUUGUCCAAUGUAGUUCAAACGGCUGGAGCACCCGGAACGGCAACGCAGCAAAUAAUCAUACAUCGUGGAAAGCCGGGCACAGGUACCGAAUCCACUGCAACUUUGCACCAGCAGCAAAUACCUGUUGGCUACACAACUGUCCUGCAGAGUGGUAGCAAAAUGAUUCAACAACCCGUACCGGGUGGUCCUGGACAGCAAGGACCAACGGCGGGUGGUACUGGCCCUAUUGUAACUCAAGUACAACAACACAUACUUAGCAAGCAUCCUACCACAGGUCAAACGAUACAGAUUGCUACGGGUGGAGCACAAGGGAUACCUGUGCACUAUCAAACGGUACAGCAACAACCAGGUCAGCCGACGAUCGUACACAAAGGGGCAAUUACAACCGUCCAACAUAAACUCGUACAACAAACCAAUCAACAACAACAGCACAAACCGGGCGAUGGAACACCAAUUGGUUUGCAUACGAUCGCAGGAAAAACACCAAUUAUCCACCAGGUUUCCACUGGAGUAGGAAAGGUUGUGCAGAUUCAAUCUACAGCGAGUGUACCAGCACAGCAGCUUCAGCAAACGGUUAAUGCCUCGGCGGGUCCACUAGCAUCAGGAAUCGGUCAACAACAGCUAACGAGUACACUACAACCGAUUGGUUUAGCGAAGCUGACAAACCAUCAUAUAUCGACUCCGUCACCACCAGCACAACAGCAACAAUCGCAACAACAACCACCUACGAAGGGGCUGUCGCCGCUCCUACAUCAGUCUCCACAAAUAAUGACUGGUGCCGUUGCAAGCCCUCCAUUGAAGCAAUCUCAUCUUCAGAGUCAGCAACCGAUUGUUGCGGGUGCGAGCAGUACACGCGUGGCCCUGCCUACUAUAAGUCCACAGGGACAGUCGGGACAUCCGCAAUUGCCGCAAGGAACCAUUCAGCGGCACAUACUCACACCGCAAGGCACGGUAUACGAAGCUGCUAAUUUGCGUGGUGAUUUGAGUGGAUUCAUCAACCGAGGGCAGAGUCCUCCGCCGGCACAUCAGCAAACAUCACCAAUAACACCGGUUCAUGGCCCUGAUGGCGGAUUCCGUGGUGGCAUGCCGAGAGACUAUGUAAAGUACUUGUACCGUAACAAUAUUCCUAUACCAAGCAGGUCUCCCAUGAGAGAAAUGGAAGUGGAAGAAACGAUUGCUGCCAGUCCACCAUUAGAAUUGCGCCGUCCAGCCAGCGGACCUCGCACAACCGCCGUCCCGCUUAGUCUGCAAAGCCCUGGAGAUCGUGUAACCGAUUCACCACAAGGAGCACAGGUGUAUAUGGGAAGCGCGCGAAUUCCGCAUCCCUAUCCGGAUUCGUUGAACGCGCGCUAUUACGAACCAACUAUAGGUGGCCCGAACGCAGCAAGUGGAGGAUCGAGGGCCAUGAGCACCGAACCACCGCCUGCGCAUCGCCCGCACAAUCUGUCCACUUCGGCUUACCCUGGAGUUCCCUAUGCAGUAACGCCAAGUCCAACACCGCCACCAUCGGCUUCUCCCGCGACCAUGUUGCAUAUGCAACGGGAAAGAGAUCAGCAGCAACAGCAACAAGUCGCCGCCGCAGCUGCUGCUCUUGUGCAGACAGCCUCCGGUCAGCGUUUGGUUGGAGAUCGUGCAACAUCUCAGGUUCAGGCUGGCAGUGGGUACUAUUAUCGCAAUGAGGUUGAACACGAGUUGUCCGAUCAGCUGCAUCCCGUUGCGCUUGGUCAUGGUUCGUCGUCGGUAGCUGCAUCCGCACCUCUGCCAGCUCACACUGGAGGUAUGCUACCGAAUAUGGCGACACAACAAUCCGUUGCUAUUGGAGGUCGAGGCAUACAAGUGGCAACGCCACCAAUGAUCAGUGGGGGUAGUGGUGCGCCUAUGGGUGGAAGCGGUGGUGUACCAGCGGUCACCGUCGUUCCAACACCGCCACCCGUACAGAAAGACUCGUUGGACGCGUUGCUUCAGCGUUAUCCGGUGAUGUGGCAAGGAUUGCUGGCACUCAAAAACGAUCACGCAGCUGUACAGAUGCACUUUGUGUAUGGCAAUCCGAACGUGGCAGGCAGCUCAUUGCCGAGUAACAGCGAUGGAUCGACACCUCCGUUGCGUAUUGCUCAGAGAAUGCGUUUGGAACCGGCGCAGAUCGAUGGAGUCGCUAGAAAGAUGCAGAUGGUCAACGAACACUGCAUGCUGUUAGCGUUACCGUGUGGCCGCGAUCGCAUGGAUGUGUUGCAACAGCAGAACAAUCUGCAGACUGGCUUUAUCACCUACCUGCAGCAGAAACAGGCAGCUGGAAUCGUCAACAUAGCAGCACCGGGAAGCGCACAGGCGGCGUACGUCGUACAUAUAUUCCCGUCGUGCGAGUUUGCCAAUGAAAAUCUGGCCCGUAUUGCGCCGGAUCUGAUGCAUCGUGUAGCAAACAUUCAGUACCUGUUAAUCGUGAUUGCAACGGUGUAA